UCCUGAUCUAAGUGUAAUUUUUAUUUAUAUCAUGAUGGUUUAGCUUUCACGCUCUACAGAUGAUACUUUUUUAUCAAAUGAGAAGAUGAUUUCUAAAAUAGUUUUGUCGAAUGUUCUUCCAUUUGUUCUGACGUUUAUUAUAACUUUUUCGAUGGACAUAUACACAACCAUGGCCUAUUUAAACAGAUCCAUCUCCCAGACAGAUGCUGUACGUAUUUGGGAUAAUAUCCAAUGUAAGGAUAACAAAAUGGCUGAUCUUCAACAGUCUAUUACAGCACCAGAAAAUAGAAAUGAUGAAUGCAAAGUAAGUGAGACAAAAAGCACGGAAAUAAGAAGAGAACAGCCGAUUCUUACACUCCAUAUAUACAGGCAGAUGUCGUCCUCAACAUUACGACGUGUCAUUCAGUAUUGUUCCUCGAAGGAGAAUCAGCUGAAUAUAUAUCUGGAAUGCAAUAUAUCUGCUACAGCUUCCUGGGGCAGACUUUGCCUAGCUGAUGACAACUGCGACACAGAAAAUGCUGUCUGUAGUAUCGAGAAAGCUUAUGGACGCUGCGUGUGUAAAGAAGGUCACCGUGUUGACAAUAGUCGACGAAAAUGCACCAAAGUAAAUGUUUUUCUUGGGGGACAAUGUGAGAAUAGUGAGAACUGCGGUCAAAUGAACACACAGUGCCUUAGUAAUCGAUGCACAUGUGCUAUUGGAUUUUCUGAAUCGUAUGGAUUUUGCAUGAAAGGAACACUAAAUCCCGGUGAAGUUUGUUCUGUUGACAUGGAAUGUGGACAAAAUCAGACGUGUUACAACAAAACAUGUUCCUGUCAAGCAGGAUAUGUUCAAAUUGAAAACGUCUGUAUAGAAGCAAGAAAAGCACUUGGAUCAGCCUGUCAAUACCACCAACAAUGCACUAAAACACCUCACGCAAAUCUAUGUCUCGGAAAUUCCACUCAUCAUUGGUGUAGCUGCAAUAUGAAAUUCGUCGAGAAAAAUUAUUCUUGCAUAUCAAUUAUGACAUCCGUCGACAGGGGUCAACAAGAAAAGACGACAGUGCCUAAACCAUGUUUAGAAGAAGGCAACCUUGAUGUUUUUACAGUUAUAGCUGAAUCAACAGAAUCUGUUCGUGGAAUGCAUGAAAUCCCUGUAGAGACCACACCAGCCCCUGGAAACAAAUGUAGCUUCGACAAAGUCAGUACAGAAGGAUCUAAUUUAUCACUGGGUACAAGCAUUGUAAUUGUUAAAACUUCUUAUAUACACUGUAAUAAGAUCCAUUUUUAGUAAUAAGGUCACCAUCGUCGUUUCUUUCAUUACGC